UUUGAGCAAAUUAGCAAAACAACAAUGCCAUCGAAAGACAAAGGUGAGAAUGAUCCUCAGGAAAAUACUGGCGUCAGAAAUAGGAAGGAAAAGUCCUGUCAGAACCCACAAUUCACUAAAUGGGCAGAGAGCUCUACAAUUCACGGGGUGGACCACAUCUUUUUGGGGAAGUCCAAAGUGAGGCGUGUAGUGUGGGCAGUCAUCCUCCUCUUAGCCAUCGGGGGCUGUCUGUACGGGAUCAUAGACCGCUCCAUAUACUUCGCUAGUAAGCCUACGGCUACAACAGUGACUGCUGACAUCAAUGAGGAUGGUAUCCCCUUCCCUGCGGUAACGAUUUGCAACUUGAGUCCCAUCAGUCGUCAGUAUGCAGACCAACACAACCUCACCAGUCUCCUUAGCUACAUCCUUUUCACGGACUCUAAUACCCAUUCAAAAGGAUUCAUCUCAUCCAACUGUCAAGCGAAUCUCGAGCAGAUCACUGAUACCACGAUUACCCUUAAAGACGUUUUUAGAGAUGGCGCGAGGAACAGCUCCUUCAUACUCGCCUGUCAUUAUGGAAGUGCUCGGAAUAAAAUGGAUUGUGCAAACAUGACGCUUCGGACAACCCUAACGCCCCGCGGACUUUGCUACACUUUUAACGGGGACCCCGCCUCCCCACCACUCCUUGUAAGAUCAGUCGGUGAGCGUUUUGGUCUACGCAUGAUAUUCAACAUAAGUCAGUCAGACUACACUCACUCUAUCAACGGUGACGCUGGCAUUAGAGUAUCCGUGCAUACCCGUGAUGAGAAACCAGAUCCUCUUUUAAAAGGAAUAUCAGUUCCUCCUCGUUCCCAUGCCUCCAUUGCCCUCUAUCCAAUACGGAGUAUCAGUAAACCGGAAAUCACUCGUUGCGCUCCGACUGAUACUCAACUCUCAUAUUUUCCCGGCCUUUCCUACACGACCUCGGGAUGUCAAGCAAAUGAGCAUUUUGAGCGAAGCCAGGCCCAAUGUGGCUGUGUUGAUGUAGCUGAAUCUGCUACUAAUGAUUGCACUGUUGAGGAUAUAUGCUGUCUCUAUGAUGAAGGGACUUCCACUGAUACUCUAAACUCCACUUGUCUUCCGUCUUGCAAUAAUAUGAUCUUCAGUUCCUCGGUGAGCUACUCUCAGUAUCCGUCGGAUGUAACCGUCUCCCUUUUAACUUCUUUUCAAAGUCAAUCGGCCGAGUCUAUUGACGAUAACAUACUAGCUCUUAAUAUUUAUUUUGGGAGUUUGCACACCAUUGUCACUAGCACUUAUUAUACUUAUCUGUGGUCUGGUCUGUUGGCUGAUAUUGGGGGGCAGCUAGCUUUGUUUGUUGGAGCUAGUGUCAUCUCUUUUAUGGAGUUGGUUCUGCUCUGCUUUGAUGAGACUAAAUGCUCCGGUGUAUUUAUUCGCAAAAAAAUCAAAAAGAAGCAUGAGGAGCAUGAGUUAGAGGAGAGGGAUGACAAAGAAAGUCUUAAUGGAGGAAAGAUAGAAGACAAGCAAGCUAACACAAAUGUAUAAGCUUUUCAACAUCUUUAGUUAUAUUUCUAAGUCUCUAGACUGUCUUGUGUCAGUAACUGUGUUCCUUUUAUAGAAAAAUAUUUUUAAAUGUCAGCAAUUAAAAUUUCUUUUAAGUAAAGUGUUAUUUGUUUCAAAAA